AUGUUGCAACAACAGCAACAUUCGACAUAUAAAAAAGCAUUAUCCGAUCAGCAACAAUCAAAAUCAGUUAUGAUUCAAACUUCAUCAUCUGGAACAAACGUUAAUCUUGUUAAAUCAUCCAGUAAAUCAUCACAGACGAAUUAUUUUCAAGAUAUUGAUCCAUGUGCUAAUUGUAACAAUGUUUUAAUGCGUGCUGCCGAAUUUUUGACAAAAAUUGAAUUAAAUUAUGGAUUAUCAAUAACACCAUCAUUAAGUUUAAAAUCAACCAGUCAACAGACAUCAUCAAAUGAGCAAUCAAUUAAAAAUAUGGGACAAUUGAUCGAAAGGUUGAUGAGAAAUAAUUGA